AUGCAGACAAGGCAAGAAGGCUCUUUGGUGAGGAGGCAGCAGCUGCUGCAGCUGGCUCUGCUCCAUGCAGCCUGGACACUGGGGAGCGGGCAGCUCCGCUAUUCUGUGCCGGAGGAGUCCCAGCACGGCGCCUUCGUGGGCCGCAUCGCCCAGGACCUGGGGCUGGAGGUGGGGGAGCUGGUGCCACGGAUGUUCCGGAUGGAGUCUGAGGAUCACAGGGACUAUUUUGAGGUAAAUGUGCAGAAUGGGAUCCUCUUUGUGAAUUCCCGGAUAGACCGGGAGGAGCUAUGUGUGAAGAGCCCUGUCUGUACCGUUCAUCUAGAAGUGAUUGUGGAUAAACCUUUGAGGGUGUUCCACGUGGAGGUGGAAAUCAAGGACAUAAAUGACAAUGCCCCCAUUUUCCCAGUGAAUGUGCUAAAUCUCUUUAUAUCUGAAGCAACAGCAUAUGGUUCGCGGUUCUCCUUGGAGAGUGCUUCAGAUGCAGAUAUUGGGAAAAAUUCCCUUAUUGCAUACCAGAUCAACACGAACGAAUACUUUGCCCUGGACACUCAGAGGAAGCACGGCAAAAGUACGUCCCCAGAGAUCGUUUUGGAGAAGGCUCUGGACAGAGAGGAUCUCUCCUCGCACCAUUUGCUGCUCACAGCCACAGACGGGGGUCAGCCAGAACUCACAGGAACGCUGCAGGUGGCGAUCACAGUGCUGGAUGCUAAUGACAACAGGCCUGUCUUUAAUCACUCCGUGUAUGAGGUGAGCUUACCAGAAAGUGCAGCAAAUGGGACCCUUGUGGUGACGCUGGAGGCCACUGAUCUCGAUGAGGGCAUUAACAAGGACAUCGUCUAUGGCUUCAAACCACCGUUAGCCUCAACGGUGGAAAGAACAUUUGCAAUUGACCGGAACACAGGGGAGGUAAGGCUGACAGGGAGACUGGACUUUGAAGAGGUCAAUCUGUAUGAAAUUCAGGUGCAAGCCAUCGACAAGGGCCAUCCCCCUAUGGGAGGAGAUUGUAAACUUCUGAUAGAAGUGCUGGAUGUGAAUGACAAUGGCCCAGAGAUGUCACUGAAAUCGAUUGCUGUGCCGGUCCCAGAGGACUCCCCACCAGGGACGGUGGUGGCCCUCAUCAGUGUCUCCGACAAAGAUGCUGGGGCCAAUGGGCAGGUCAGCUGCUCCCUGUGGCCCCUUGGCCUUCCCUUCAAGCUACAGUCCACCUUCAAGAAUUACUACUCUCUGGUGGUGGCCGAGCAGCUGGACCGGGAGCAGGUGGCAGAGUACAAGCUGCGUGUGACGGCCCAGGACCAUGGGGCCCCAUCGCUCUCGGCCACCAGUGAGCUGGUGUUGCCCCUCGGUGAUGUCAACGACAAUGCCCCCACCUUUGCCCAGCCCUCCUAUGUGGUCUUCGUGCGGGAGAACAACCCGCCCGGCGCCCACAUCUUCACGGUGUCCGCCUCAGACCCAGACCUGGCCGAGAACGCCCUGCUCAGCUACUGGAUGGACGAGAAGCUCUGGCCUCUGGCCAGCUACAUCUCGGUGCACUCGGAGAGCGGGAAGCUCUACGCCCUGCAGUCCCUAAAAGGCAGGGGCGUUGUCAUUGAUGUCUGCAAUCUCCACUUCUACAUGAAAGACCCUGAGAGGCUUAUCCACAAUCACCUCCAGGUGGAUGGUGCAGAGGGGGCUUCUGCCACACAGCUCCUCCCUGUCUAUCCGAGAAUUCACAAACAAAAUCCCGUUCUGCUCAUUUACCUUGAAGUAGUCCGCAUCCUCUUGGGAUUCCAUCCGGAACAUCCGGGGGAAGAGCUCCCUCACCUCCAGCCCCAGGUCCUGGGCGACGCGGCCCACAAAGGCGCCGUGCUGGGACUCCUCCGGCACAGAAUAGCGGAGCUGGCCGCUCCCCAGUCCCCAGGCUGCGUGGAGCAGAGCCAGCUGCAGCAGCUGCCGCCUCCCCAUGGAGGAGUCUUCCCAAGAACGAGAGCUACUCUAGGUAUGCUUGCUUCGCUCCAGUGCUGUCAAGCGAGGAGGCAGCUGCUGCGACUAUUUUUGCUCAGCAUGGCUUGGGAGGUGGGGUGCGGCCAGCUCCGCUAUUCUGUCCCAGAGGAGUCCCAGCACGGCACCUUUGUGGGCCGCAUCGCCCAGGACCUGGGGCUGGAGGUGGGGGAGCUGGUGCCACGGAUGUUCCGGAUGGAGUCCCAAAGCCUUGGAGAUUAUUUAGAGGUAAAUGUGCAGAACGGAAUUUUAUUUGUGAAUUCCCGGAUAGACAGGGAGAUGCUGUGUGUAAAGAGCCCUUUAUGUGCCAUUCAUCUGGAGGUGAUUGUGGAUAAACCUUUGAGAGUCUUCCAUGUAGAGGUGGAGGUCAAGGACAUUAAUGACAAUGCACCUACCUUCCCUCAAAAGGAACAAAAGAUUUUUGUUUCAGAAAUGAGAAUGCCUGGCUUGUUUCUCCCACUGGAAGGAGCUUCUGAUGCAGAUAUUGGUCCAAAUUCUGACCUCACCUAUACCCUGAGCCCCAGUGAAUACUUUAACCUAGAUGUUCAGAGGAAGCAUGAUGAGAGCCAAUCAUUAGGACUCCUGCUAAAGAUAUCUUUGGACAGAGAGGUCAAACCUUUGCAUCAUUUGCUGCUCACGGCAGUGGAUGCAGGGAAGCCGCAGCUCAGUGGCACAGCCCAGCUGGUGAUUUCAGUGCUUGAUGAAAAUGACAAUGCCCCUGCCUUUAACCAGUCUGUGUAUAAAGUACAAAUGAGAGAGGAUGCCCCAAGUGGGACCUUAGUGAUCAAGUUAAAUGCCACAGACUUGGAUGAAGGGAUCAAUAAGGAUCUUACAUACUCAUUUCAGAAUCGUGUACCUGUUAAAUUUAAAAAGAUAUUUCACUUAGAUUCAGUUAAUGGUGAAUUGAGAACAAAAGAAAAAUUAGAUUUUGAGGAAAAUCACCAGUAUGAGAUUCAAGUGCAAGCUAGUGAUAAGGGGAGCUAUCCAAUGAUGGGGUAUUGCAGUAUUGUCCUUGAAGUGCUAGAUGUCAAUGACAAUGCACCGGAGCUAUCCUUAAAGUCUUUAUCAGUGCCAGUGCCAGAGGACUCCUUGCCAGGGAUGGUGGUGGCCCUGAUCAGUGUGUCAGAUCAGGAUUCGGGGGCCAAUGGGCAAAUAAGCUGCUCCCUACACCCCCCUGGACUCCCCUUCAAGCUGGAGUCCACCUUCAAGAAUUACUACUCUCUGGAGGUAGCUGAGCCUCUGGACCGGGAGCAGCAGGCAGAAUACAAACUGGUGAUAAAAGCCCAAGACCAAGGGACACCAACGAUGUCGGCCACCAGCAGCCUCACAAUACCCAUUGGCGAUGUCAAUGACAAUAGACCUAACUUUAGUCAACCCUCCUACGUGGUCUUUGUGAAGGAGAACAACCCACCCGGCGCCCACAUCUUCACUGUGUCGGCCUCAGACCCAGACCUGGCCGAGAACGCCCUGCUCAGCUACUGGAUGGACGAGAAGCUCUGGCCUCUGGCCAGCUACAUCUCGGUGCACUCGGAGAGCGGGAAGCUCUACGCCCUGCAGUCCCUGGACUACGAGGAGCUGAAGCUGCUGGAGUUCCAGGUGAGCGCCAGGGAUGCCGGGCUGCCUUCCCUGUGCAGCAAUGCCACCAUCCAGGUCUUCGUGGUGGAUGAGAAUGACAAUGCUCCUGCAGUCUCGGGACAGGUCCAGGACAUUCCUGUUCUGCUAGCAGUUCCUGUGAUGGCCGGGCACGUGGUGGGCAAGAUUCAUGCCCUGGAUGCUGAUUCAGGCUACAAUGCCUGGCUGUGCUACGAAAUGCUUGAAGGGGUCAGUGGGCCAUGGCGAGUGGGGAUGUACAGCGGUGAGGUCAGCACCAUGCGUGUGCUCGAUGAAGGAGAUGUCAGUGGAGGGAGCCAUGAUCUGCUGGUGCUGGUCAAAGAUCAUGGGAAGCCAAGGUUGUCAGUCACCGCUACGCUGAGUGUAUCACUAGUGGCAAACACGCAACAAAUCUACAGUGAUGGUCACCUUCCCAGGAUGGGAGGAAGUCCAAAGCCCUUGGUGAACAACGUUAACAUAUAUUUGAUCAUUGCCAUCUGCUCAAUGUCCAGCUUGUUUUUGCUGAUGAUCAUUGUAUAUGUCAUUCUGCGAUGCCCGCGUCACCCUAGGGAGGGAGUGGCGUACGGCCCUGGCACAGCAACACUGGUGUGUGCCAGUGAAGUGGGCAGCUGGUCCUAUUCCAAUCGCCACAGUCACAUCCUGGCUGGAGUGAGCGGCGAAGCUGGCAUCAAGAGCGACCUCAUGGUUUUCAGCCCCAACAUUCCUCCUCCAGGCAGCAAAGAACAGGACCAAAUGCUUGAUCAUUCAUCAGGACAGGGCUUGCAAGUUCUCUCCAGAAGGCAGCACGUCGAGAGAAUCUUCCAGGAGUAG